CUUGAAAGCAAAACUUACACUGUGGAUAUUCCAAUAAAUGUUGUUGGUGGUGAAUCUGCAUUGAUAACUUUCAAUGGAAUCGGGUACGACACGAGGGUAAUGGGAUCAACAAUGGCGAUUAUGGAUCAACAUCCCGAAUAUAACUCGGUACCAAGUGAACAAAAAGUUCCUGUUCCUGGACAGUUACUAUUUCUAUCCGAAGAGCGAAUUAGUUUUGGGAAUGUUCCGUUGUUCAGUCGAUCUCGUCACAUAGUUUUCCUCAACAAUAAAUCCAUUGAUCGGCAUUUUUCUUAUUCAUGGCACGCAGCUUCAGAUGUUGUUAAUGACGUACUACGUAUUGAACCGGUCCAUGGCUACCUGAAGCCUGGGCAAUCAAAGAUGACAAAAGUUACCUUCUAUGCGACUGGUCAACCUGCAUUUUAUGAUUUGGAUCUGAUUUGCGAGGUGGUGGAUGAAAUAAAAAUGUCAAACUUCAAAACUGAACUUCAAGCUUGGGAGGCAGAACAGGAACGACAAUCUGUUGAAUUUGUCAUCUCUGAAGAAGACAUUGUUGACACAACUGAUACUCAUGCGUCAUCUGUGUCACCGCGAAGAAAUCUUGAAAAUAUCUUAAACAAAAAUAAUUCUCGAUUGAGGCUAACAGAGAGUCAGUUAUCUACUGCACAAGUGGAUUACAAAACCUUCCAAACGCUUCCGCCAAUCAGAUUCGAGGACCCAGUCAAGUUGCCAAGCAACAGAUCUCGAUUGUUACGACACAAAGCCGAUUCCGACGAGUGGGUUCAACCCCAACCCCCCCAGCCAUUCAUCUUCCACCUCGGAGUCACUGCAAGAACACACGGCAUCGAAGAAUUUCGUAGCAAUUUCGCCGAGCAAAGCAAAAAUCAUUUUAUUGACAGAACGCUUCAAAUAAGUUGUCCUGUAGCGAUAAAAUCUCCAAGUGAACAAUAUUCAUUGACUAUCUGUGAUGAAGAAGAAAAAGAAAUUAUUACAUCAGUCAUGUCGAAUAUCAUCAGGGGGUUAUUGGAUGAUCCAACUUUCCAAGUUGCUGCAAAAGAUGCAGGUUCCGAACCAAUUCCAUACUUUCCGCAACUUGCACAAGAGAAAGAACUUGAAGAAGUUGAAAAAACUAAAGAAGAAGGAAAGGAAACACCACAUGACGAGGUUUCUGUUAAAACGCCGAAGAAACUAAUGGAUGAAAUACUGAAGCAAAGUGAAGAGAGUCGUCCAAUGUCACGUGAUUCAAACACUACAACAGCUUCGGAUAAUAAAUCACUUGCGCUCUCGUGUACUCACAAACAAAUACAAGAACAAGAAAUAAAAAGGAGUCCAAUGUUUGGCGGAAUUUUGGAAGAAAUACUUUCAUCUACAAUCAGUAACAUAAUCGAUGAAGCGUUAACUGGUGAUGUCAUACUUACUGCUCGUCCACGUGUUGUCGCUUUACCGCCAUCUCGCGGUCAAAGUGCCAGCAGCAGCUCAUCGUUGUCGCACAAGAGUGGUUCCUCGAACAGUAGACGUCGUCGCCAACACAGCAAAAGUUCGGCCAAAAGAGGAAAUUCUGCUAAAUCACAAUGAAUAUGUUUUGUAUUUUUAAAAUAUUUGUGUGAAGAUUUUAUUUAUCUAACAAUUCUUCAUAUUUA